GGAGGACCAUCAAACGAGGCUGAGGUCCUUCCCUUCUCGAUUUGAUCCCACCAUUUUCCUCCUCUGCCUCCUCUGUCCUCCACGUCCACCAUAUACACUGUACACAUACGUGUAUAUAAAUAUAUAUAUAUAUAUGUCUAUUCUGAAACACCCUAUCUCUCCCUCUCUCUCUCUGAACUUUCAAUUUUAAUUGCAUCCCACUUGUCUCCUCCCAUCAAGUUUUUACUAUUCACAUUCUGAAACUUUCACUCCCUGCAAAAAUCUGAUCUUGUUUUUUUUCAACUUGUUCAUAUAAUCAUUUUCCAAUCCUCUUCUGAGAAAUGGGCAGCUCUCAAAAUUUCAUCUUUUGCCACAGACAUAGAAUUCUUUGCGUUUCCAUCCUGUUCUUGGUUUCGAGCUCGACCCAUCUGAUAUUUAUGGCUGAAGGUGGUAGAACAAUUUCAGGCAAGCUUACUGAGGCUGCUCAGGCGAGAGUUCUAGAGGAAAAUAGAGCAGGAAUGGCGGUCAACGCACGUCAAAUAGGAUCAGCGCCGCCGAGGUGCGAGCGGAUUUGCAGCGCUUGCGGGCGUUGCGUGGCGGUUCAGGUUCCAGUUGCUCCUCAAGACAAUAAAAUGAGAAGCCAUGGCGGCAGCUCCUCUACUUCUCCCAAGAAUGUAGCUUACUCCAGAGGAGAUGACAUUACGAAUUAUAAGCCAAUGAGCUGGAAAUGCAAGUGUGGGAAUUUGCUCUUCAAUCCUUGAAUAUUUUGAUCAAUUUUCCCAUUAUUUUGUAAUUACUAAUUAAAAAAAAAAAUGAAACGAAAGCUCUUAUUUGUACACUCUGUCGUUCUCAAUGUUUUUUUUAAUUUUAUUGUAUUUUGGUAUUUUUGGUAUGAAUGUGGUACGUGCAGCAGUAACAGUUGUUUAUUUUUGCCCUUUUUG